AUGCCAACACAGCUGCCCAAGCCGAUUUCCAGCGCGUGGAAAACGCUGCCGAGCAAGGACCAGCUGGCCAUUCUUACUUCUGUCCGGUUUGUUGACUUCUAUCAGCUCACGAGCGUGCAAACAUGCACAUAUUGGCUCCUACAGUCGCUGGACGCGAACCUGCCGUCUAGUACGCUCUCCGUACGGGUUGGCCUUCUACAAGGCCUGUUUACUGCCGGGCAGACAAUAUCAGGCGCUCUAUGGGGACGGUUGGCAGACGCACUCGGGCGGAAGCCGGUGCUACUCGCGGGCUUGAUAGGUAUGGCUCUGAGCUGUGUAGUAGCAGCCUUUGCUACCUCCUUCACCGUCCUCGCGCUAUGCAGGCUAUUCGCGGGCCUCGUCAACGGCACCACCGCCUCCUGCAAAGCAUCCGUGGCCGAUAUCGUCCCGCAAAAGCAGCAGGGCCGUGCCUUCGCAACACUGUUUCUGUCCUUCAAUGUGGCGGCCGUGCUCGGUCCUGUCAUCAGCGCCGCCCUAUUCGACCCCGGCUCUUGGCACGUGAUACCCGGCUGGAUGAGGCGGUAUCCUUUCGCAGCACCAAGCCUUCUCAGUGUCGGGGCGGCCACCGCUAUGCUGGGAGGUGUCGGCCUGUCGCUACAGCUGGCCAUCGUCGUAUCCAUAAUACGCCACAGCCCGGUCAAGGCGUUCGACGCCACGCAACCGCUGUUCGUGCUAACGUACGCACUCGCGCCGUACCUGGCGCUGGUGCCAGCCGCGUCGUGGGCGCUGUGGCCUUGCAUCUUUGUCGGCACGGCGCUCCAUGCCGUGACGCGUACGUACGGGCUGCUGGCAACGACCAUGCUGCUCGACGCUGCCGUCCCCUGCCAGACGCUGCGUGCGACCGCCCACGGCAUCGCCGCCGUCGUAUCCGGUCUCUGUCGAACUCACGGGGCGGUGGUGGGAGGCAUUUUGCACAGCUGGGGCCAGGCUAACAAUGCCGCCGGUCUGGCUUGGUGGGGUUGUUCCUUGCUGAGUACCAUCGGCUGGGCGCUAAGCCUCUGUGUUUGA